CGUUCUCCGGCGCUUUACCUUACGCCUCUACCAACUCUACCAGUCAGCCAAUCCCGAUCCUUCCCCCACCACCAGCACCGUUGAGCCAAGGUCCGUCUCGCGCACGGCGGCAGCUAGCAGCCCGACUUGCUGCCCAUAAACAACAGGCUGCCGAGAAUUCCGAGGGUGGUGAAGAGUCAAGUCACGACCAGCAAAGCGAACAUGACAUGCAAUGGCCCACGAAUCCAUUCGUGAUCGCCGGCUUGGAUGAGGAUGCCGAUGGCUCCAACUCGCCUGCCAGUGCAGCCUUCCCGUCCACUGAUUUCCCACCUGCCAGCAAGGAUGAGCCCUUCUCAUCGCCUACAUUCCCUGACUCCGGAUUCAGCCCUCCCGACUCAUUCUCGACUAACUCCUCCGACGAGGAGGGAGAAGGUAGACCGGAGGGCAUGAGACGCAAGGAGCGGGUUCCCCUAGAGGUUGAUGAGGAGGAAGACGACAUGGGGGAGAUGGUCGGGCCUUCGCUUGGGUCGGGCAUGAUGGACUCGGACGAAGAGGAUGAGGCCAUUAUGAACGAAUCUUUGGGGUAUCCGGACAUCGCCUCGGGGCGUUACAGAAACUUCGGUAGAUCACGGAUGGGCGCCUCACCGUUUGGCGACGAUGAAGACGACAGUAGUGAUGGGGAGGAUGAUGGUUUAGUCGAGAUUCUCGUCCCCGGGCGAAAGGCUUCCACGUCAUCCACCACAUCAUCCCAUUAGUUUUGCACAUGAUGCUUGAUGUUCACUUUCUGUUAUGUAUGCAACGCUUUCCUCCUUUUUUCCCUAUUUUUGGCGGUACUCUGAUUUCUGUUUCGGCUUCUUUCCAUUGCUUUUCAUCUUUUGUUUUCUUUUUGGAUUAGUUCAAUUCCCAUGAUGUACACUAUUUGAUCGCAUGGCACUUUUGUAUAUGCUCCGGUUCAUGAUUGUAUGCCUCAACGAGUCGGACCAAGCGAAAUCCCGGACAAUAAGGAUUGAUCUGAAUGAUUAUGUUUACAUUGUUGCAGGAGAAAUUGGCUCGUAGUUACUAUAUUAUAUGCCUUUUAUGUUUGUUCGUAU